AUGGCCGCCAAUUCACUCGCUAGCCCAAAUGGCAUCCUCAGCUUUGUAGCUGAAGACUUCAAACAGUCACCAGGCAACUACAUAACGGUACUGGUUGUACUGCUCAUCAGUGUCUUGCUACAUAAACUAUCAACGCCAUUCCUUGAGGCGGGCGAGCCUCCCUUGCUUAAACCUACAUUCCCCAUCAUUGGGCAUUUCUAUGGCUUGAUGAAACACCAGAACAUCUACUUGAAACAAUUAUACGACAGGUCUCACAGGCAAAUCGCGACUCUACCCAUCCUUGGCGGCAAACUCUACGUCAUAUUCGACCCAGUCAUUAUUCAAUCUGCAUACCGAAAAAAGACACUCUCGUUCGAACCAUUUGCUGCAGAGUUUGCGCAGAGAGAACUGCUAUUGUCCGAUCGAGUUCAAGACAAGCUCAAGAAUACCAACCUUGUGCCAGAAUUCUUCGCUGCUAUCCAUCCUGCUAUGACAGGCGAUCAUAUUCAUCGAAUGAAUGCAAAUGCACUGAACUACAUCUCGAAUGAUAUCAACAAGAUUAGUGGAUACGGUAAAUUGGAGCAUGCGAAUCUCUGGCUUUGGUUGAGAGAUCUUGUGACUAUGGCAACCGCUGAAGCACUAUAUGGAUCAAAGAACCCAUUGAGACAUGAUCAUAGAUUACUGGACGACGUUUGGACUUUCGAAGCCGGUCUCAACAUACUAUUGAUCAACAUCCUCCCUGCCAUCACGGCUCCCAAAGCCCAUCAAGCUAGAGCGCGACUCCAAGCCGCACUGGGAAAGUACUACGGCGCGAGAAGUUACGAGGAUGAAGACGCAUCGGAGAUAGUGAGAGCAAGAGCAGGUGCGUUUUUGAGAUAUGGUGUUCCAGACGAGGAGGUCGGCCACAUCGAACUGGCGCUUCUGCAUGUGGGCACGGCUAAUACCAUUCCUACUCUCUACUGGUUUUUCGUCAACGUCUUUAAUCGACCUGAACUUGUACAACAGCUGAGGGAGGAAGUUCUUCCAGUCAUACAGAAGAAUGGAGAGGACAAGGCUGUUGUCGACGUGACAAUCUUGGAUGAGAAGUGUCCCUUACUUGUCAGUUGUUACCGAGAGGCUAUUCGACUUAGCAAUCAGGCCGUAGGCAACCGCCGUGUCCUCGAAGAUACAAUGGUCACAGACAGUAAAGGCAAUUCGUACCUUCUCAAGAAAGGCGAGAAUGUCCAAAUGUCCGCUGCAGUCAGUCACAACCUCGACACCUGGGGCGAAGACGUAUCUGCCUAUAAACCAGAUCGGUUCAUCGAGAACAAGGCCAACACUGAGAACGAAAAGGCGAAGCGUUCAGCUUUCAUCGCCUUUGGCGGUGGGCGUAACCUCUGCCCUGGGCGAAAUUUUGCGUUCGCUGAAAACCUGGGUCUGAUAACUUGUCUGCUGACAGGUUUUAACGUCACAUUUCCGGAUGGACCUGGAUUCCCGACUAGUGUAGACUGUAGUUUCUCACAAGCUGCUAAGAAACCCUUGAAUGACGGGGAAGGGUUUGGAGUGAGAAUAGAGAGGAGAGUGGGGUGGCGGGAGACCCAGUGGUCAUUCAAAUCUUAA